AUGCGACGACGGUGCUGGAUGAUAGUACUAGUGGGGAUGAUGUCCACCUUCAACCCGGAGAGGGCUUUGGGAGCCCCGCAGAGAGAAGCCUCCUCGGUGAGCAGUGGCUCCCUCUCUCCUCCCCCCUAUGCUGUGAUCCUCAUCUCCAUCUCCGGCCUGGUCUCCUUCGUCCUGCUACUCCUCACCUGUCUGUGCUGCAAGAGGUCUGGAGUGGGCUUCAACGAGUUUGACAAUGCUGAGGGUGAGGAAUGUUCCGGAGCGUCUAGUCCGCUGCCGGAGGACAGCCUCUCCUCCUGCCCCUCGCUGCCCGACGUCUACACCCUGCCGCUCAGGGGCCGCACCACCUACUCAGCACUGCCCAAUGGCACAGACUCUAAGUCGCAGUGCUUCCGAAGACACGCGCUCAACUAUCUGCAAGAGAUUGGAAAUGGCUGGUUUGGAAAGGUGAUCCUGGCUGAGGUGCUGGGGGAGUGUAGCUCGUCCCAGGCCGUGGUGAAGGAGCUGCGGGUGAAUGCCAGCCCCCUGGAGCAGAGGAAGUUCCUGGCAGAGUCCGAACCCUACAGGAGUCUACAGCAUCCAAAUAUUCUGCAGUGUUUGGGCCAGUGCAGCGAUGCCAACCCCUAUCUCCUCGUUAUGGAGUUCUGCCAACUGGGUGAUCUGAAGAGGUACCUCAGGGCCCAGAGGAAGUCGGAUGGCAUGACCCCUGACCUUUUGAGCCGCGACCUCUUGACCCUGCAGCGGAUGGCCUACGAGAUCACCUCCGGCCUCCUGCAUCUGCACGAGAACAACUACAUCCACAGUGACCUGGCUCUGAGAAACUGCCUCUUGACUUCUGACUUGACAGUCAGAAUAGGAGAUUAUGGGCUGUCCCACAACCACUAUAAGGAGGACUACUACUUGACUCCAGAUAAGCUCUGGAUUCCCCUUCGCUGGAUCGCCCCAGAGCUGUUGGAGGAGUAUCGGGGAAGUCUUAUUGUCACGGAUCAGACCAAGACCAGCAAUGUCUGGUCUCUUGGUGUGGUGAUCUGGGAGCUGUUUGAGUUUGGCUCCCAGCCCCACAGGCACCUGAGUGACGAUGAGGUGCUCACCUUCGUCAUCCGCGAGCGCCAGAUCACCCUGGCCCAGCCCCGCCUCAAGCUCUCGCACGCAGACUACUGGUAUGAGGUCAUGCAGUCAUGCUGGCUGCAGGCGUCCCAGCGCCCAUCAGUCGCUGAAAUUUUCCUCCUGCUCUCGUCCCUCUUAGCAGCAGAGCGCGGCGUGAGCCGCAGGAGCGUGGGGGAAGAGGAGGAGGAAGAAGAAGAGUACGACGAGGAGAGUGGCAGGGGGAGGAGAGGGGAGAGUGAGGAUUCCUUCGAAAGGCGGUGGGACUCCCUUCGUCCACCGGCCUUUCAGACGGCCGCUGGGGACAGACAGAGGGAGAGGGAGUACAGCAGGGAUGAUGGCUACCGGGCUAAUGCUAGCUCUUUUCCUCUACUAGACCCUGUAGGAAACAGCAUCACACCUUCCUCGUCUGAGCUUGAUGACAUCCUAACCGUGACGGAGACCAGCAAAGGGUUAAACUUUGAGUACUUCUGGGAGAAAGCCCAUGGGAGGAGGGGCUACAAACCUCUCCCUCCACCCCAGCCAAUCCCCACUCCCAACUCAACGCACAGGCAGUCCUUGGACACCCCCACGGUCGUCCCGGUGAUCAGCGCCCGUAGCCCGUCUCUUGCAAGCGAAUAUUACAUUAGACUUGAAGAGCACACGCCCCAGGACAAAUCCCCCACGCUUAAAGGCAAAGCUCCCAGUCAUAGGACAGGCACCAGUCCUCAAGGAGACAUGGAGCUUGUGGAGAUUCAGAGAGGAUUUCUUGGAAAGGAAGACAAAGGCCAUACGAUACAAACUGUCAGGUCGAGUGAAGUACAGAUUCUUGUCGCCAACACAGGCGUGGUGGAGUCCAGAAAGGAGAGCAGCAGCAGCAGGCUUAUGGACUUUACGGUGGUUGACCUUGAUGAGAGGCCAAACGAGAGGGAGGGCAAGCCAAAGCAGUCCCGCGGUUAUCAAGCACCGGUGCUUCCCCCGAAACCCAGAACCGUCCCACCGACCGCUGGUAACCAACUUCACUCCCGUCCUCUGCCAGCACCCCCUGUUGGGUACCACCGACCCAUUGGAUUGGGUCACUACCCCGGCUCCUACCCUCUUGGCAAGGGAGGAAGCAAUUCAAUGCCAAAGCCAACCUUUGACCAUUUAGGACUGCACCGCCAUCGCCAAACCAUGCCCCCCUCACCGUCACUGUCUCCCUCCAUACCGCCAUCCUCUGGGGGCCUCCCCAUAUACCCCGCACCCCAAAUGUGCCCCCCACCUCUCCCACCCCAUUACAGAGCCCAUUCAGCCCCAUAUUACCCUGGUGAACCUUACAUUAGCCGCUAUAGUUCCUUGCACUUAAGAAGAGACCCCCUAUCCUGUGAUGAAAAGAGGCUCCUUGAUAAAGGCUUAACACGUUCCCGGUCUAUGUACAAUUCAAGAGGCGCUUCAGACCCCCAGUCGAGAGACACAGAAUCUCCUCCUGAUCACAUAGACUCCCCUUUUUCGAAAAUGAUACGUUCUCAGUCCACAAUUCCUACGAUAGAAAGACAUUCCUCCUCCAGCCCAUCCUUCUCGGAUGAGGACGAUUCGCCGUUCGAGUCUCCAACCCGAGUCCCUGGAGGAACCACGAUCCAGCACACCAGCCUGAUGGACGACCCGGACCCUGCCACUGCCGAACUGAUGUCCCGGGGAAUGAAGCGCACACAGUCCCGCCUCACCACCAUUCUGCCCGCCAUAUGGCGCGAAGACGAGGAGAGGAGGGAGAGAGCAGAGGCAGCAAGGAAGUCACCCAUGCAUCUGUUUCUAACCGAAAUCUCUAGUGAGUCCACCGACUCCAAAACAGACUCCAAAAUAGAUGAGACAACAUGGAGCCCUGGCAGUCAGCCAAGAGGUGAACAGAAGAUGGAGAGAGAGUCACUUGGAAACAUCAAUUUUCCCUUAAGGGGAAUGCGUCGUUCCAGGUCCCUUGUGACUGAGCUCGGUUCUGCAGCAAGAACUUGGGAAAGAGACUUUGUGACGAGCGGAGACUUCAAGAGAGGUUCAGUGAAGAGGGACUUGUUCCUUACCGAGAUCAACACAGACAGGCGGGACAGUGAAGACCUAGAUGAAGACACCAGCUACGACAGGUCUCAAUCUAAUCUCUCUGGGCUGCCGACGUAUGCUGAGGCUGAGGAGGCUCUGUCUAGAGGCAUGAGGAGAUCCCAGUCUCUACUAUCGGAAAUGUCUGACAAGACCGAAGACGAGCCCCGGAGGAGAGGAGAAAUGACCAGGGAAGAAUUCCUGAAAGAGAUCCAGUCUGCUGAGACAUUCCUCACGGAGAUCAUAACCAGACAACGCAAGCAGGACGAAGAAGCUCUGGCCUCCACACCACCUACUUCACCCGAGUACGAGUCCAUAUGCAUUGACCCAGAAGCCGGUCAGACCAUAACAUUCCAGUCCGAAAAGGCAAGUGCAGAGACGAGUCAUACCCCGACUGUUGCAAAAGAGGCCAUUUAUGCUCAAGUAACCAAGCGGGCCAAGAGAAGUGAAAUUAAAGUUGCCAUGCGUCCAGAAAUUCCAAUUCUACAAAUAGGUUCUCAAAACUAUGCUGCCAAACUGGACCGUAAAAGCACCAGCCCUGAUAUACCCUGCCCUCCUGAUUCGGAGAAUGACAUUGCUCUUGGCAAAAACACAGUGAGCCCUCAUUCUCCAUCAAACCAUGAAACUAUUGUCAAACCCAGCAGCUUGGAUUUAAAUGGCCUUCUUCCUGACAAACAGCUGUCCGGUGUAAAAGAGCAUUCAGCUUCACCGAAGGAUUUCACAGAUUCUAAAGUGACACAGUCAGGUACUGAAGCUGACAGUCAGACACAACAGUCAAUGGAAGACAAGCAGAGUAUAUACUUACAAGAAUCUCACUUGUAUGUAAAAAGUGACUUGAGCACAAAUGCUUCAAAAGAGAAUGACGGUAGAAACCUGCAUCAGCCCUUUACUCAUGAGAAAACAGAAAUCAAUAAAGAAUUUACACCAGAAUACCCUCAAAGUCCUUCAAACCCUCAAAGCACCAGUGAAUGGGAGCAGUUGUACACUGAGGCAGGUAUGAUAAGUAAUGAGGGCAGUGUUGCACAACCUGAUGACCCAACAAUGAUAGUCAAAGAGGGUACUGAAACUGAAACUGAAAGCACUGUAGAGCACACAGAUUUCCCCAGGUCACCCCCUUGUGUGUCACCAAAUACUACAGCCAAACUAGCUCAUCUAAGAGACAACAAUGAUGUACUUACAAACAAUUCAAUGUCACCUAUUCCUAGCCUAUCUUUGGCUGUAAAGCCAGAUUCUGAUCAGGGAUUAUCAAGUCAAGAAACAGUUCCAGAUUCUUGUAUCCUGUCACUAACCUCAACAAGACAGGCCAACCAUCAGAUGCAGAGAGAUUCUUCUUUUCCUUCAUUUGCCUCCACCCAGCACACGCCUACAGACUCCACCUUCUCUCCUCUAACCUCCAACCUGCAGACCCCAACAGACUCAAGUUUCUCCCCUCUAGCGUCCACACUGCAGACACCAACAGACUCUGCCUUCUCAGCCCUUACGUCUGCCUCUAGCUCGACAGAUUGUCUGACAUCUGGAGAUCUGUCACUGAGUGGUGGGACAAGUGGUGGCUGGAGAGUACUUGGCACAGAGACUCCCCACAGGGACUCGGCUUACUUCUCUGACAGUGACUGGGAGUCUGGAGAGGGUUUAGCAAGGAGAGUAGUUGUAGAUGUAAUGGGACUGAGUCGUCCACUUAACAUCAACCGAGUAGGGGAAAAGGCAGCGUUGAUGGGCAUUGAGGAGAAACUGGAGAUAGAUGAUGACAAGGGACAUAAUGUCACCAGGCAGGAUGAUGCCAUUGUUGAUAUGGUGGAGGAGGAGGAGAACAGCAAGAUAAAUGAUGAAGGAAAACAGAACAGACGGUCUGAAGGUAUGAAGAAUAACAGAGAUAAUAUUACAGAGAAGAAUUUGAUUGUCUCUGGGCACAAUGAUAGCGAAAGCACAGUCUUAGCAGACAGACAAUGUGUAGUCUCAGAACUAGGCCACAAUGGACAGUUAUCUAAAGAUACUGAAAGUAAAGGAAGUGCAGAGUAUAUUGCUAAGUUGUUCUCGACAUUGGAUGAUGAACCUUUCCAAGGUUUUCCAUAUGGCUGUAACAGCCAGCUUAAUUUUGAAGUAUUUGGACAAAUUGACAAAACAGAAAUAGCGCAAAUAGCCCAAAUUCAGGAAAAUAAACUGGUGACAUCAACAGCAGACUCAAAACUGCAGCCUCAACAAGAUACAGAGUUUAAGCAGCUGGUAGAUGAAGAAGUCAAUGAAUUGUCAUCAGAAGCCUGCAAAGUUACCACAAGUUCAGCACCGGAGGAGUUAAAUUGUGGAACGGAGCAAGAUGAACUACUAAGGCCAGAAAGCACAGAUCCUGACAACAGUGAAUCUAGGCUAUCUAGGUUUUACAAUAUUCACACGAGUGAUUCAAACUCCAGUACGAGUAGGCAAGUCAGCUUCCAGGAUCACACAAGUGAGUCAAAGGAACAUGCCCCAAGUUCCCUCUUCUCUGAGAGAAGUGUUACCGUACCCACUCGGGAGGACAGUCAUUCAUUUGAAAUGCAGAUUGAUGAUGCAAAUGAGCUUGGCCUGAGGAACCUUGGCUACUUAGAAGACACAGACGAGGAAAAGAAAACAGCCAAGUCAGAGAGCGAGAGGCAGCUGGCUGCUGGGGAGCUGGGCUUUUCAGUGAAAGAGGUAUCUCGAGGUGAGACACAUGCUUCGGAUGCACAAAGUGAGUCCUCGGGCUCAGGACAACUUGGUGUAAACACCAGCAAUGGAGAGGCUAGAGAGCUGGAACUCAAGUCCCAGGAACUUUGGAACACCAUGGAGGAGGUGGAGGGGUCCAGGGAGUUUGUCAGGGGGGAGUUAGACUGCCAUCGCUUCCAACAAGAGGACUUGCACCUCUGGCCAGCCGAAAACGACCAGUGGGCAUCUGCAGAGUCACGUAGGCCUGAGGCAGAGCUCGGCUCAGAGUUCUUCCCAAGUUUCUGCAAAAAUGCCUGGGAAGAGAAGAAUGGGCUCGUCAGGGGCAGGGAAUUCUGGGACAACGAAGCUAAUGAUGAGCUAGCUGAGAGUGAGCCUCAUCCAAUGGCAGACGAGACACAUGAGGAAGAUUCUAACGAUGAAAGACAAGGACAGACUGCCCAUGCUGAAUUGAGAUCAGUAUCCUCUGAGCAGACACCAAUAGGCCAGGAAUGUGCAGACCAGCACAACCGCAUUCAGGAUGCAGAUAUACAGCAGGAUGAAAAUAUUGAAAACCUUGACCAAGACAAUAUUGCUGACUGUGGUGGAGCAGUGUCAGAAAUAGAGAUUGAAAAUGUAGAGACCCCAGAACUAGAACUGACCAGCUCUGUCAAACUCCAGAGACACACACCCCCUGCUGAGGACAGCGAUACAUCAGUCCAAAAGUACCAAGGAUUCAACAUCAUUCUGGGAGAUAAUGGAAUGGAGGAGAAUCAAAAUUUUAACAGGUUCAAAGAGAAUCAUGUAGCAAGUCCUGUGAGUGGGACUGAGGAGCUGCACCCGCUUAGGUCAUAUAUCAAUGAGAGCAUUUUUGGUGCAUCAGCGUUUGAAACUGAGCCAAGGAGUCAAAUUCCUGGUUCUGAAAAAAACAGAGAAUCAUCCGUUGAGAUUGAGAAUCGUAGUGGCUGCAUAGAGGAUUCAGAAGACCACGAUUGCCAGCCAGUUAAAAGAAAGAAUACUGGGGAUGGGGUCUUUGAAGAUGUUAGGGAAGAGAGCAGGUCUGAUUCUCCAUCAUGUCCCAGUCUCACAAACACUUCAGACCCUUGCAAGAUGCACAGCAGUGACACGCAGUGUUUGCUGUCCGAUUUAGUGUCAGAGGAUAUAAUUAAUUCUGUGCCCCCAUCUCUUUCACAAAAUGACAAGUGUCCAAGCCCCAGCACACCCAAUUUCCCCAACGUUGUGCACCAUAUAGAGAUCAAGGUGACCUCUGACAGUGACAUUGGCUUGGAUAGUUCUGGUGCAGGCCUUGGUACCAGGCGGGAACAAGAGCUAACAAUUUCGCCAAAAAGUGUUCCUGCCAUUGUCCUACCACAAGAAUCUCCAGCCGUUAGCACCCUUAGCAAAGGAAUCUCUGCAAAUAUCGGUGUCCUUCCUUUGCAAAGGAUAGAAUCGCAUGACCUGAACGAAGGGCACAACCACAAAGAUGGAAACAGCGUUUGUGAAGCUGCAAAUAAUGUGAUCCUCUCCGAGAAAGCCCAACAGUCGCAGCUCUCGCUCGGUUCAUUCAAUGCCAUCCCUGAACUGAUGAUCUCCGAGUGGAAAGACCUGGAGGAGGAACAGCUGGAAGACUUUGAGAAACUAGAGCAGCUCUGUUGCAUCUCUGGGGAUGAGGAUUCCCUCGGAGAUCUGUUCCUGGGCAAUUUGGAGCUUCUGGAGUCUCUGAAAAAGACACCAGAGCAGAAACCGAAGAGCAAGACUGACACUAAUGAUCGAUCCUCAGAUGAGGAAGAAGAUUCCAGAAGAUGUGAAAUCAUGAAGAAUGCCGAGAGGCUGGGAGGCCACCAUGCUUCAAGUCAAUAUGAUAGCCCUGAUAGUUCUUGGGGAAAGCAGCCAUCACCAGAUGUUGACAGAAGGUCUCAACACAGCACACCAAACCUGUCGCCAAGUCAUAUUGGAGAUGGCGCAAAGGGACAGCAGUCCCUAUCAACGCUGCCAACCAAGAAUGGCCUCAUGAUGCAGGUGUGUGAAGAGAGGCUGCAGUACUCUCUGUCUGAGGAUGUGAAGACCAACGUCCUCUGGGGCCCCACGGUCAGCGUGACGGACAGUGUAGUCCUGCGACCAUGGGGAGACACCGCUGCGAAUGAGCAGGGGGAAGAGGAGGGUCACUCCUCCAGUGAAACGCAGACCACCACGAGCAAAGAGAGUGAACCCCUCAGUGUUGAAGCGUCUCUGCUGGAGAAAGAGGCCUUGGACAUGCCACUGGAGCCUCCAGUUGUGCUUGAGCAGCCUGAGAUGGUUCCCAACCCCUCAACACCUGCCGCAAACCAAGCCAUGAAAGCUAAAUUGGCUCGUCUCUCCCUUUCCUUGCCUCCGCUCGCUCUCUCCCUCCCUCUCUCCCCCAAUCCCAAGGUAGGCUUUUGGGAGGGGGGCGACGGCAGCAGGGACGGGAGAGGUGGGAGGAGGAGGGGGUUACCGACAGGAGGUGAUCCCUACGAUGACGAGGACGAAGAGGAGGAGCAGGACGAUGAGGCAUCCAGGAGGGUGAUAGUUGUCACGGAAACCGACGUUGAUAAGAGAGUGGGGCUGAGGAGUCUGCUUAAGUCGCCACGGGAACAAGCAGACAAAGAGAACAGGGACAGGGGCAGGAAUGUGUCCUUUUUUGAUGAUGUCACAGUCUACCUCUUUGAUCAGGAAACACCAACCAAUGAGCUUGGCUCAUGCUCUACACCCACGAGUCCAACUGCACCAGGAAAAUCUCCCUUUGGAUUGGGUUCGAGCAAGGCGGGCAAGAGCAGAGACAAAAGCCAGGUCACCACAAAGGCCAGGUCACCCACAGGCUCCUCUCGCGUGACAUCAUCCCGUUUCUCUGUCACCCCUGCUGACGAUCCGCACCUCGUGUAGUGAUACCAUUCCCUCAUGUCAGUGAGCAAACGUUCAGAACUAUGGAUGGUCUUACUGUAUAUUAUUAUUCAGCAACCAAGAUACCAACCCCACCACUCCAACGACUCCACCAAGCAGUACUAAUGCCACUAACCUCUGCUACCGUACUUUAUAACCGAGACAACACAAAGACUCCUGUUACCACUGAGGACUGGAGGUUACAAUCCAGGUUUUUGCUCGCAAGCAGGACUUUCUGAUUUGUUGUUGGUCUGUCUCAACGUCCCUCGACACCAUGUUUGGGGGAACUGCACCUAUAUUAGAGAUCAGUAUGUGACAGUUAACUUAACUCACAUUGCAGGAGAGUCUGGAGCCUGCCCAUUCUCUGAUAGACUUAACAGCUAUGCAAUGGGAGUCUCCUUGUGUUACCAGCUUGUAUUUUUGAGCUUCUGAAUAUUUGUAUUUCAAGGCACUUUCUUUCCCCCUCCAUUACGUGUGAGCUUGAAUUACUAUAACUUGCAUUUGUAUAUUUGUUCUCAUGGCAGUCUGGCGUCUAUGUUGGCUUGAACUGAGAAAGGGAACAUGACUAUAAAAAAGUGCAGUACUCUGGUCAUUUGUAUAAAUUAGUGACUCUUAACAGGUGUAUACAUGCCGCAUCAUUUAUGAGCUAUUUAUUUUAGAUGUAUUCUUAGAAUGCACGCAAAAAUAAUGAACAUGACUCCAUGACAUGUUAUUUUGUUAUUUAUUUAUGUUUUUUAUUUAUUUAUUUAUUUGUUUAUUUAUUAUUGUAUUUAUUCAUUUAUGCAUUUCUUCACUUAUGCAUUAGCUUAUUUAAUUGUUUUUUUUUUUUUUUUUAAAUUACAUCUCUAUAAGGACUGCAUAAUGAUCUUGAAUCAUAUUAUUUUUGAGAUAUUGCAUUUGCCAAUUCAGACCUCUUUUGGUCUGAGAGUUCUCUUCAACAAAAGUACAGUAAAAUAUUUCCCCAUAUCUUUUCAAUGCAUUGACUCCUUUUACAUUAAUUAUAGUCUUUUGUAGCUGUCAGCUGUCGCUAUGUACAAAAUGUGUGUCUUCUUGUGUCUGUUACCAUUAUUAUUUUACUUUUUUAGUAAAGCUGACCAUUUCUUUCCCAUAUUUUAUUUUAAGUAAUGUAGCUUAGCAUGACAAAAAAGAGAUUUGCAAAUAUGAGUAUAAGUUUUCUUACCUACUCAUUAAUUUUGUACACUUCUCCAUUGUAGGUUUAGUUCCAGCAUUUGUUCAGUCUGUUACAGCGUCAGUUUGAUAUUGUAUUGUUUAAAUAACAAAUCUCAUGACACUGUAUAAAACUGGGGAAAUAAAAAAACAUGAAAACUGUGAAACAUUUAUGGAUC